AUGAGCCCACUCUUCAACAUCCAAAACGCAUUAAACGAAGCCGGAGUCGGAGAUUUCAUCAAAGCCACCGUACCUUCAAACGCCGACGUCUACAAUUCUCCGCCGGAAAACCCAGUUCCUUCCGCCGGAAGGUUCCGUCAAGACAUCUUUGAAGAGAUGAAACUCAUAGUCAACUUCUUAGCUCAUAACAAAGCUCCGUUCACAGUCAACAUUUAUCCUUUCCUAAGCCUUUACCUAAGCAGCGACUUCCCUUUCGACUACGCUUUCUUCAACGGCCGAAACACCGUUAACGACAACGGCGUUAUCUACACAAACGUCUUCGACGCCAAUUUCGACACCCUCUUGGCUUCGCUUAGAGCAUUGGGCCACGGAGACAUGAAGGUUAUUGUCGGAGAAGUUGGUUGGCCAACGGAUGGUGACAAGAACGCUCAUAUCCCAAACGCAGAACGCUUCUACGCAGGUCUGCUUCCGAAGCUAGCAGCGAACAGAGGAACACCUUUGCGUCCCGGUUACAUAGAAGUUUAUCUCUUCGGUUUCAUCGAUGAAGAUGCAAAGAGUAUAGCUCCUGGAAACUUUGAACGUCACUGGGGGAUAUUUAAAUACGAUGGCCAACCGAAAUUCCCGGCGGAUUUGUCAGGGAAAGGUCAGAAGAAGAUCUUGACCGGAGCUCAGAGUGUUCAAGGAUUAAACAUUGAACAGAGGAACAGGAAUGCACCAUUAGCAACAAUGACUUGCCCAUUGAUCCACUCACCACCAUCAGUAGCUAAGAACCCAACAACGGAAGCAAUGUCUCUGGUCUCACCAAGCCGACCAAAAGGGCUGCUUUCGAUGAUGUUCCUCACCGUCUCCUCGCUCUUCCCGUCGAAGAACAUCUCAGUCGCGACAGGCCCUGGAGAAACACAGUUUGCAGUGAUUCCCGAACCUUUGAGUUCCUUGGCAAGAAUCUUCACCAUUGACUCAACCGCUGUCUUUGAUGCUGUACUUUUGUUACCAGAAAAAAAUGGAGCUUUACCUGAAGAUGCGAUCGAAGUCUUCAAUGGGAGUGUUGGCGAUAGUAGGGUAGUUUGGAUCGGCGAUCCCAGCCGAGUUAACCAGGAUGUGAACCGGCGAUUUGAAGGCUUUCUCCGCGGCGUCGAAGAGAGACUCAACCUGGCUCGGCUCCGAGACGUCAGCGCGGAACACGAUGGCUAUCGGUUCAGAAGCACCAACAACGCCGGCGGACGAGUUGAUUUCCGCGGCGACUUGAUCGGCCUCAGUGGAUCUGCUGGUGUAGUUGACGACAAUCUUCGCGCCGAGCUCGGCGAGGUGUCUGGCUACGGCUCGGCCAAUUCCACGAGAUGA